GCCGGGGGAAGAGCCGGGCCCCAGGCAUGCGCAGAAGGAACCUCAGCCUCGAGACUACGAUUCCCAGAAGGCCGUGCUCGCUUCAGGGGCAUUAUCCAAGCUCAAGGCCGGGAGGGAGUGCCUUCUUACUACGACACUUCCGCUUACUUUUCCCUCCACCUCUUCCAUGCUUGCUGUUUCUCGCUUCCCCUUCUCUGUGGUGGGCUGAAGUGUGUGUGACAAGCUCUCCCUUCUGUGGCCUCUGCUCUGCCCCAAGAGGAAAGCCUGGAGGAAGAGGGAAUGACUCCUGCCCUGACGCCAGGCCCGGGAACGAAUCAGUGACAUUUAAGGAUGUGGCUGUGGAAUUCACCCAGGAGGAGUGGGUGCAAUUGGAUCCAUCUCAGAAAAAGUUGUACUGGGAUGUGAUGCUGGAGAACUAUAGGAACUUGGUUUCUUUGGAGAGCAGAGAAUUUGCUGGAGAUAAACCUCUUGAAUGUAAUGGAUAUGGGAAUGCCUUCUGGAGCAAGGAGCAUCUUGCUGUGUGUCAGAUAAUUCAUACUGGAGAUAAUCCUUAUGAAUGUAGUGAAUGUAGGAAUACUUUCAGGUUUAAGAUACAACUUAAACGGCAUCAGAGAACUCAUAGUGGAGAGAAAGCUUAUGAGUCCAGUGAAUGUGGAAAUGCCUUCUGGAAGAAAUCACAUCAUACUGAGCAUCAGAGACUUCAUACUGGAGAGAAACCUUAUGAAUGUAGUAAAUGUGAGAAGGCCUUUAGGAUUAAGUCAGAGCUUACUGUGCAUAAGAAAAUUCAUGCUGGAAAAAUGCUUUAUGAGUGUAAGGAGUGUGGGAAGGCUUUCCCCUGCAACUCGUAUCUUACUAAACAUAAAAAAAUUCAUACUGGAGAGAAACCUUAUAAAUGCAGUGAAUGUGGGAAGGCCUUCAGGAGUAAGGCAGAGCUUGCUGUGCAUCAGAGAAUUCAUACUGGAGAGAAACCUUAUGAAUGUAGUGAAUGUGGAAAGGCCUUCAGGAAUAAGGGAAAUCAUACUGUGCAUCUGAGAAUUCAUACUGGAGAGAAACCUUAUGAAUGUAGUAUAUGUGGAAAGACCUUCAGGAGUAAAGAUCAACUUACAAUGCAUCUGAGAGUUCAUACUAGAGAGAAACCUUAUGAAUGUAGUGAAUGUGGAAGGGCCUUCAGGAGUAAGGCACUUCUUACAGUGCAUCAGAGAAUUCAUACUGGAGAGAAACCUUAUGAAUGUAUUGAAUGUCAAAAGGGCUUUAGGUGUAAAAGACAGCUUAAAGUACAUCAGAGCAUUCAUACUGGAGAAGACAAACCUUUUGAAUGUAGCGAAUGUGGGAAGGCCUUCAGGAGAAAGUUUGAGCUUACUAUGCAUCAGAGAAUUCAUACUGGAGAGAAACCUUAUGAAUGUAGUGGAUGUGGAAAGGCCUUCAGGGUUAAGAAACGCCUUAUAAUGCACCAGAGAAUUCAUACUGGAGAGAAACCUUAUAAAUGUAUUGAAUGUGGGAAGGCUUUCAGGACUAACUCACAACUUAAAGGGCACCAGAGAGUUCAUACUGGAGAGAAACCUUAUGAAUGUAGUGAAUGUGGAAAGGCCUUCAAGGAUAAGCGAUAUCACACUGUGCAUCAAAAAAUUCAUACUGAAGAGAAACCUUAUAAAUGUAGUCAUUGUGGAAAGGUCUUCAAGAAUAAGCGAUAUCACACUGCGCAUCAGAAAAUUCAUACUGGAGAAGACAAACGUUUUGAAUGUAGCGAAUGUGGGAAGGCCUUCAGGAGUAAGUUUGAGCUUACUGUGCAUCAGAGAAUUCAUACUGGAGAGAAACCUUAUGAAUGUAGUGAAUGUGGAAAGGCCUUCAGGCGUAAGGGAAAUCAUACUGUGCACCAGAGAAUUCAUACUGGAGAGAAACCUUAUGAAUGUAAUGAAUGUGAGAAGGCCUUCAGGAGUAAGUCAGAGCUUAGUGAUCAUCAGAAAAUUCAUACUGAAGAGAAACCUUAUGAAUGUAGUGAAUGUGGAAAGUCCUUCAAGAAUAAGCGAUAUUACACUGUGCAUCAGACAAUUCAUACUGAAGAGAAACCUUAUGAAUGUAAUGGAUGUGGAAAGGCCUUCAGGAUUAAGAAACAACUUACAAGGCAUCAGAAAAUCCAUACUGGAGAGAAACCUUACAAAUGUAGUGAAUGUGGGAAGGCCUUCAUAUAUAACUCAAAACUUGUAGUGCAUCAGAGAAUUCAUGCUGGAGAGAAACCUUAUGAAUGUAGUGGAUGUGGAAAGGCCUUCAGGAUUAAGAAACAACUUACAAGGCAUCAGAAAAUCCAUACUGGAGAAAAACCUUACAAAUGUAGUGAAUGUGGGAAGGCCUUCAUCUAUAACUCAAAACUUAUGGUGCACCAGAGAAUUCAUACUGGAGAGAGACUUUAUGAAUGAAAGAAAAACCCCUACUUCUCUCUCCAGCCAACCGAUUAACACCCCUCCCCCCACCAUGGUAGAAAAAAAACUCAGACAAAAUCAGCUAACAUAGUGCCCUUGGUGGUAUAAGAUACAUUGAGCUCCCUUAUUCCACCACCUUUCUACUAAAAGUUGGAGGGAGUAUUUCAUCUGUUAUAUGAUGGAACUCUGUGAUGACUCCUUAGCACUUUCAUUUUCAAUGACCAGGAUUUUCAGUUUCCAAACCAAAUAUGAUUUCCCACUUGGAAAGAAAGGAAGCAUCUUGGAUGCCAGAGGCAGAUAUUCCAAGAAGCAGCUGUCCAGGUGACUACAGAAAAACCAAGCAGAUGGGUCAUUGCAAAGUAGUGACGUGUUGGUCAUUUUAGGUCAAAGCUCUUGUACAGUGUUGAACAGCGUAGUCUAUCAAAGCUUCUCAGGCCUGUUGAGAGGAGUGGAAACUUUUUAAAUUUCAUUUUUUACCUCAAGAAGUUACUUUUUCAACAUAUCUCUUUAUUGAAAUGUACUUCCACUCUAAAAGAAAGUUGUUGCCUCUGUACAGGGCAGUUAUUUCUCUUCUGUUCAUUGAAGAUUAUCUUAGUUCUCCUGUCUCACUUGUAUGAAUUCAUUCUUUUAAAAUAAGCACAUUAUUAAAGGUAUUAAGUAAUGUGCUCUUUUUGCUUGUGAGUCCUCGUCUGAUAUUUUUUCUGUCUUGUGUUUAUGAUUAUAUUGCCUUGCUACUUUUAAAAAUAAUUAAUCCUAACCUAAUUCCCCUUUCUUCAGUCUAUCAUGUUAUGUGUCAUCCUGUUUUCCUUAUGCUUUGAAAUUAUGUUUAUAAAGGCAAAUUAAUAUGUUCAUAGGACAGGACUUUUUUAGCCAUAACCCCGUCAUUAGAAUAUAGAUUUUUAUUAUUUUGCUCUUUCACAAAAAACUGUUGUGAAAAUUUUACAGAGAGUGCUUUCUUUGCUUUUAGUAACAUUUUGAGGAUGUAGACCAAGUAGGAGGACCCUUGGGUCAAAGGAUAUGAAAAAUUUUGUACCUGUAGCUAAAACUACUGUUCCUUUUCAGAAAAAAAAUGGCAUCAGCAGGUUAAUAAGUUAGCUAUUUCCACAUAACUGCCAAAAUUUAUCAUUUUAAAGUAUCUUUGCUAAUCUGAUGGCUAUUGCUACUUCUAAAUUGUUUUGAUUUUUACUUCUUUGAUGACCAGAGUUUGAGUAGUGUUUCAGGUAAUUAUUAGUAAUUUCUCUUGUCAAAAAUACCUUUAUAUGUUACUCUUACAAAUUUCAAUUAAUUCCUUACGAAGUAGACAUGUUGGAUUUUUAGAGGAAAUUUAUGUCAACAAUUGUCUCAUCCGCCCCCCAUAUUUUUUCUUUAUUCUGUUUACUUCAUGUACCCAUUUUUCCUCCUUACAUUAAACUCAGUUUUCUAUUUUCUUUCUAUUCAGUUUUUUUUCCCUUCCUGUUUUCACCUGACAUGGUAAGGAUACAUUUGCAAGUUCUUAAGAGGCAUCAUUUUUUUUUCUGAAUAAUCUUAUUCUAUUCAAAUGUCAGCCAUGUAGAGUUAAGGGUUCAUUCAUCUCUGUAGGUAUUUUCAUCCUUAGUUCAUUUACAUAUGUUACCUUGGGGUCAUACUUUCAGAUAAGAUGUAUUGAUUCUUAGUGAAAGACUAGUGAGACUGGCCUUCUCAAGUGAGAAGGCAAGAGAACAGUUCUAAAACCUUUGAACAACUAAGAACCUUGGGAAAGGGUAAGAAAUGCAGGAUUAAUCAAGUCCUCAUUCUUCUUUCAGAGAGCAGAGAAUUUACUGCAGGUAAACCUUUUGAAUGUAAUGAAUGUGGUUAGGCAUUUAGGAGCAAGGAGCAUUUUGCUGUUUACCAGAGAACUCAUACUGGAGAGAAGCCUUAUGAAUGCGGUGAAUGUGGGAAGGCCUUCAGGAAGUAGAAACUUUCUCUGCACCACAGAAUUCAUACUGAAGAGAAACCUUAUGAAUGUAAUGAAUUGGGAAGGCCUUCAGAAUGAGGAUACAUCUUAGUUGAUACCAAAGAAUUCGUUCACAAAAGAAACCUUGAGUGUAAUGCAUGUAGGAAGGCCUUUGUGUGGAGACACUUCUUUAUGUCCAUCAGAGAAUUCAUCUUGGUGAGAUUUCUGAUGAAUGUAAGGCAUGUGGGAAGGCCUUCCAUUGCAAAAUCCAAAAUUUAUGCUAGAGAAACACCUCAUAUAUGUAGUGAACAUGGUGAGGCCUUCAGGACAAAGCCACAUUUACUGUAUGUCGGAGAAGUCAUACUGAAGAAAUUCUUUGUGAAUGUGUGUGUGGGAAUGCCUUCCAGCACAUAUCAGAUCUUUAUCAAUUUCAAAUAAUUCAUACCUUAUGAAUGUAAUGUACAGGGCAAGUUUAGACUAAGGUCACUACUUUAUGUCCAUCACAUAAUUCAUACUAGAGUGAGUUCUCAUGAAUGUAAGAAUUAUGAGAAGAUCUCCCAGCUGAUUGGACUGUGCUUCUGAGUCCCUAGAGAGAGUUCAUAGAGUCCUUAUUUAGGAAAGAAUAUCCUCCUCUCUGUAGAGGCUUCUAAAGGGGCAAAGAUUUAUUGUUAACCCCCCCAUGGGUCUUCAGGGAGGGAAAGGAUGUGUCUGCCUGCU